GCUCCAGAAGGAUGACUGCAAGACUGCUUUAGAAGGUUAGUUGAGGUAAAUAUAGGGCUACAGGUUUGAAUUAAUCUGACUAUUUGAAGAACAAAAUACAUGUAGUUUUACUACAUCUACCCGGGUGGUCAAAGCUGUCUUCCGGCUGCUUACAACAAUGCCGAACCUUGAAGGACACAGGGACAGACCGACUUAUUGCAGUACACUGUAAGUGUAACGGCUUUUGUACGGUCCUUGUGUAGCGAGUAUUUGGAGGAUGGCAGGCGGCAAUAUCUUAUGCUUGUGUCUGCCCUGGUUCGCAGGCGGCAGGCGGGGGCAUUGUGGCUGCGGCUGGCACCAAUCCUCGAACGAAGCCUUGUUGACGAAUGAAAGAUUGAAUCAAAUUGGAUCCAUCCAUCCAUCCACCAUCUAUCUUAUUUUGUUGUUGGUUUGCAGAGAGGGUGAUCGGUGCAUAGCAGCGCUUUCAUCGUCGUCUCUUGUACUAUCAAUCAUCAGCCAUUUUGUUGCGAGACGCGUUGCAGUCUGAGUACAACGAGCCAGCUUGACGAAGCAGUAGUCUUUGAAGUGGGAGGCACUCGUGACUGUUCGGUUGUGACCAGCGAAAGCAUCCCUAUUUAAAAGUCAGUCUAUCUAUCUACUAUCAAGAUGCCGGAGAAAUCAAUUGACGACCUGGUGAUGACACCGCAGGAGGCGGCCAAGGUGUUGAAGGAGUUGGUCAGUAUGGGCAAAGUUCGCGUUCCUGAUAUCGAAGUGGCGUUGGCUUCAGUGCGUCGGCGUCGCAUGGAGAAGAAGGAUGCCAAGAAGGACCCUACCAGUUCGUCUUCUUCCAAGAGCAGCGAAGACGAUGGCGGUCGCGUCAAGCGCGGCAAAGGACGGCAGAAGGUGCGCGCGCAAGCCGUGAAUGUGCAUGGCAAAUCUUUGCAUAUUCCAGCUUACGACAAGAGCGAUGAAGCUGUGAAAUUCCUCACCAACGCUCUGACGAGUGACUCCAACUUUCUCUUUUCGAGUUUGUCUCCUGACGAAUUGAGUCUCCUCAUCAACGCCAUGGCUCCUCAUGAUGUUCCUUCUGACACCAUCAUCAUCAAGCAAGGCGACAUUGGAGACUACUUUUAUGUCAUGGAAGAAGGACGCGUCGAUUUCCAAGUCGAUGGAAAUUCCGUAGGAAACUGUGGAAGAGGCGCUUCCUUUGGAGAACUCGCGCUGCUCUAUGAUUCUCCGCGUGCUGCCACUUGUGUCGCUGACACCGACUGUAAGCUCUGGAAGGUCGAUCAGCACACCUUCAGAUACAUGUUGGCCAAGCAACAAGCCAACCAAAACAAGCAGAUCAACGCCAUCCUCGUCAAGGUCCCUUUCCUCUCAGAACUAGAAGACACAAUGCUCAGCAAAAUCAUCGAUGCCCUCACCACCAUCCACUUUCAAAAGGGAGAGUUCAUCUUCAAAAAGGGAGACAUUGGAGACAUGUUCUACAUCCUCGAAAAGGGAACUGCCAAAGUUCAUGACAUUGGAUUCGGUGACACCAAAUUCGACGACAUUAACAUCGAAUCAGGAGCAUACUUUGGAGAGCGUGCUUUGCUCACGGGAGAGCCCCGUGCUGCCAAUGUCUCCGCCACCAGUGAUUGUGUCUGCUUGGCACUCAGCCGUGACUCUUUUGAAGCCACUCUUGGUCCUCUACAGGCACUCAUUGAUCGUGCAAUGACCAAGCGUACUUUGCUGUCCAUUCCCAGUUUUGGAGAGUCGUACAUUGAGCCACACGAAAUUGACCGCUUCUUGGAUCUCAUGGAGGAAACCAGUUUCAAGAAGGGAGAAAUCAUCAUGGAGGAAGGAAAGCCCUGCAAGCCGGCGCUUCACAUCCUCCAAAAGGGACGUGUCACUAUCGUUUCCAACAAGGGAGAAAUCAAUAAUCUUCAGAAUGGAGGACACUUUGGUGAAGCCACUUUGCAGUUGAAAACCGGUGAUCCCGGACAGGCCACCAUCACCGCCAUUGAAGACACCACUUGUCGUCUCCUCACCAAGAAGUCCAUUGAAGGUGUCAUUGGAUCCGUCAUUCGUCUCGGACAAGCUCGUGCCCUCAUCAACCAGAGGGAGCAAAAAAUCUCCGUCAAGUACAAGAGUCUCAAAAAGAUUCGUAUCCUCGGUAUCGGUACCUUUGGUAAGGUCUGGCUUGCCGUGGACAAGACCAACAACGGAAAGGUUUACGCACUCAAAAUGAUGGACAAGAAACAGUGUAUCGAGUACAAACAGCAUGAGGGUGUCAUUCGCGAAAAGAAUAUCCUCGCAAACAUUGAUCACCCCUUCUUGCUCAAGAUGUAUGCGUCCUACCAAGACGAUGCCCACUUGAUGAUGCUUUUGGAUCUCAUCCAAGGAGGAGAAUUGUUCUCCGUCCUUCACACUGAUACUCGCGAUGGAGUUUCCAAUGCGGAUGCCGUCUUUUAUGCUGCCUGUGUCUUGGAAGGUCUCGGACACUUGCACGAGCGAAACAUUGCCUACCGUGAUCUCAAGCCCGAGAAUGCGCUCAUCGACAGCAAGGGAUACUGCAUCGUUGUGGACUACGGUUUCGCCAAGGUCGUCACCAGCAAAACUUUUACACUCUGUGGUACCCCCGAAUAUUUGGCACCCGAAAUUAUCCUAAGUAAGGGACACAACAAGGGUGUCGAUUACUGGGCCUUUGGCAUUUUGAUCUACGAAAUGUUGGUCGGACAGUCACCCUUCUACUGCAACGAUCAGAUGCGUCUUUUCAAAAAGAUUGUCCAAGGAAAAUUCGCUUACCCGGCUUCCCGCCCCGUCAGCAAGGCCGCCGACGACCUCAUCCAGCGUUUGUUGCAGAGACAUCAAUCCAAGCGUCUCGGUAACCUCAAGGGUGGCCACGUGGAUGUCCAGAAGCAUCCAUGGUUCAGCGAUGUCGAUGUCAAGAAACUGCUGAAGCGAGAAUUGCGAGCACCCUGGAAACCCCAAAUCAAGGAUGCGCUGGACGCCAGCAACUUUGACGACUACAGCUCGAUGGAGAAGGAAGAGUCGUCGGGCAGGAAACCCAAGUUGAGUUCCAAGGAGCAAGCUGUCUUCAAGGAAUUUGGGGAAUACGUUUAGACGCAUUGUGUUGAGUUUGCUUCGUUCUGGCCACCACCAAUCACCGUUUCCUUUCCGUAAGAGUGCGUCGGAAGCAUCAUUAUGGAGGCAAGUUUUCUGGUCCGUUCUCCGUUGGUAUUUGCGGGUUGGUUUUGAGAAAGAGGCGGUGGUCGAGAGAGAGAGUUUGAGAAUACUAUUAAAAAGAAAGAAUUGGAACGCGGAUGGAACGAAAGCAUGGCGGGUGUCCGAAGGUGUCAGUUGCGUCAUUGUCAUUGUUUCAUUCAUUCCUCAGCUGGCAUGAGGCCAAAUGGGAUAAUUUCAGUGUUAAAAGUUAAAGAAUCGUGUAUGCCAUGUGUUGUUUCCUUGCUCCUUGGUUGAGCUUUACUACGGACGUGUGUUUCCUUGCUCUUUCGUAAUUUCGCUAGCCGAGACCGUGCUGAUGUCAAAGUGCUGUACCAGGAUGGGACGAAGAUACACGUAAAUAUAUAGGCUACUAUUGCCAGUUG